CCCCCUCAGCGCCGUGGGCCGCGCUCAACCGCUCGCGCCGUAGCCAGUACCUCCUGCUCGGUCUCGUCUGCUGCGCUUCGAGCUGCGGCUCCGCUCGCUCCUCGCGAGAACUUUGCCGCGGGCCUGGCAGGAUGGACUCCAGCGCCACCCCUCCGAGUCCCCCGAGCCCACACCCUGCACCCCCGCUGCAGUUCCAGGCCCGCUCUCGGCUCAACGCCACUGCCUCGCUGGAGCAGGAGAAGAGUGAGGUGCCCCGAGCUCCUGGACCCCAGGUGGGGCCUGCACCAGAGGUUGGAGAUGCAGCUGCCCCAGCUGAGCCCCGGGCCCAGCGCACCAGGAGUCAAGACAGAGCGGACAGAACCGGGCCUGGGAAGGAUGAGAUGGAUGUCCCCUUCGAGGAAGUCCUGGAGAAGGCCAAGGCUGGGGACCCCAAGGCACAGACGGAGGUGGGGAAACGCUACCUGCUGCUUGCUGCCGAUGUGGACGAAGAGCUCAACAACUGCACCGCUGUGGACUGGCUGGUCCUCGCAGCAAAGCAGGGCCGGCGGGAGGCCGUCAAGCUGCUUCGCCGGUGCCUGGCAGACAGAAAAGGCAUCACCUCGGAGAACGAGCAGGAGGUGAGGAAGCUGUCCUCGGAGACCGACCUGGAGAGGGCUGUGCGCAAGGCAGCCCUGGUCAUGUACUGGAAGCUCAACCCCAAGAAGAAGAAGCAGCUGGCGGUGUCGGAGCUGCUGGAGAACGUUGGCCAGGUCAACGAGCAUGAUGGAGGGGCACAGCCAGGCCCCGUCCCCAAGUCACUGCAGAAGCAGCGGCGGAUGCUAGAGCGCCUGGUCAGCAGCGAGUCCAAGAAGUACAUAGCAUUGGAUGACUUCGUGGAGAUCACCAAGAAGUACGCCCAGGGCGUCAUCCCCACCAACCUGUUCCUGCAGGACGACGAUGAUGACGACGAGCUGGCAGGCAAGAGCCCUGAGGACCUACCCCUGCGCCUGAAGGUGGUCAAGUACCCCUUGCACGCCAUCAUGGAGAUCAAAGAGUACCUGAUCGACGUGGCCUCCAAGGCGGGCAUGCACUGGCUGUCCACCAUCAUCCCCACCCACCACAUCAACGCCCUCAUCUUCUUCUUCAUCGUCAGCAACCUGACCAUCGACUUCUUCGCCUUCUCCGUCCCCCUGGUCGUCUUCUACCUGGCCUUCGUCUCCAUGGUCAUCUGCACCCUCAAGGUCUUCCAGGACAGCAAGGCCUGGGAGAACUUCCGCGCACUCACGGACCUGCUGCUGCGCUUCGAGCCCAACCUGGACGUGGAGCAGGCCGAGGGCAACUUCGGCUGGAACCACCUGGAGCCCUACGGCCACUUCCUGCUGUCCGUCUUCUUCGUCAUCUUCUCCUUCCCCAUCGCCAGCAAGGACUGCAUCCCCUGCUCAGAGCUGGCCGUCGUCUCCCUCUUCUUCACCGUCACCAGCUACAUGAGCCUGAGCUCCUCGGCCGAGCCCUACACCCGAAGAGCGCUGGUGACCGAGGUCACGGCCGGCCUGCUCUCCCUCCUGCCCACUGUGCCCUUCGACUGGCACUACCUGAAGCUCCUCGGCCAGACCUUCUUCACCGUGCCCAUCGGCCACUUCGUCGUGCUGAAUGCCAGUGUCCCAUGCCUGCUCUACGUCUACCUCUUCUACCUCUUCUUCCGCAUGGCCCAGCUGCGGAACUUCCAGGGCACCUACUGCUACCUGGUCCCCUACCUGGUGUGCUUCAUGUGGUGCGAGCUCUCCGUGGUCAUCCUGCUCGAGUCCACUGGCCUGGGGCUGGUCCGUGCGUCCGUCGGCUACUUCCUCUUCCUCUUUGCCCUCCCGAUCCUAGUGGCCGGCCUCGCCCUCAUGGCCGUGGUGCAGUUUGCCAGGUGGUUCCUGUCCCUGGAGCUCACCAAGGUGGCAGUGGCCGUGGCGGUCUGCAGUGUCCCCCUGCUGUGGCGCUGGUGGAGCAGGGCCAACUUCUCCUUGGUGGGGAUGGUGAAGUCGCUGACGCGGAGCUCCAUCGUCAAGCUCAUCCUGGUGUGGCUCUCGGCCAUCGUGCUCUUCUGCUGGUUCUACGUGUACCGCUCGGAGGGCAUGAAGGUCUACAACUCCACGCUCACCUGGCAGCAGUACAGCCACCUGUGCGGGCCGCGGGCGUGGAAGGAGACCAACAUGGCGCGCACCCAGAUCCUCUGCAGCCACCUGGAGGGCCACCGCGUCACGUGGACGGGCCGCUUCAAGUACGUCCGUGUCACCGAGAUCGACAACAGCGCCGAGUCGGCCAUCAACAUGCUCCCGUUCUUCAUCAGCGACUGGAUGCGCUGCCUCUACGGCGAGGCCUACCCCCCCUGCGGCCCUGGCAACGUCUCCACGGCCGAGGAGGAGCUCUGCCGCCUCAAGCUGCUGGCCAAGCACCCCUGCCACAUCAAGAGGUUCGACCGCUACAAGUUCGAGAUCACGGUGGGCAUGCCGUACAGCAGCCCCAACGGCCCCCGCGGCCCUGAGGACGACGACAUCACCAAGGACCUGGUGCUGCGGGCCAGCAGCGAGUUCAAGGGCGUGCUGCUCCACCUGCGCCAGGGCAGCCUCGUUGAGUUCAGCACCAUCCUUGAGGGCCGCCUGGGCAGCAAGUGGCCCGUCUUCGAGCUCAAGGCCAUCAGCUGCCUCAACUGCCUGGCCCAGCUGUUGCCGGCCCAGCGGCACGUCAAGAUCGAGCACGACUGGCGCGGCACGGUACACGGCGCCGUGAAGUUCGCCUUUGACUUCUUCUUCUUCCCCUUCCUGUCGGCAGCCUGAGGACAUGUCCACCAGCCACCAGGACCACCCCCACCUCCCACCCCCAGUGCAGCCCCCAGCCAGUCAGACAGGGCGUGAUGCUGACGUGUACGUGUGUGCGUGUGUGUGCUUGCGUGUGCAGGGCCAGGGCUUCAGAGACCUUGCGCUUGUGCACAGACUGCUCAGGCCUUGGCAAGGUGGGGCGGCUCCUGAUGGCUUCGACCACUCUGGUGCCACGCGUGGUUGGAAGUUGCAUGCACAGCCACUCCCACAAUUCGGGCCUUCCAGAUUGCGGCCGGUGUACCAGAUUCCCAUUUCCUGAAGAGCACUUUAUAGGUGAGAUCCCCCCACCUGCCCUCCAACCCCCCAGACCACCUCACUGCCCCUCAUUUGCUUUUGUGUUGGAUUUGUAUUUAAAGAACCACAUGUGCUGCCGUGUAAACAAUCGCACGUCUUAUUUAUUUAAUCUUUGCUGAUUUUUGACAACUGUUUGCCAAUCCCAGGUGAUGUGCAAAACCGCCUGAGCGCUGCCGCGCGGUCAGGGUUUUGCCUGAUUACAUAGGUCAGAGGUCAGGUGUGGGAGCACUGGCUCCGGCCAGAGCGACUCCGUGCUGGGCACUGGGCACCGCCAUCAGCCUUGCGACUCUCUUGUCACGUGGGUGAUGCAUGGGUGUGUGAAAUUUGCUUGAAUCCACCAGGAUGUGAGAAAUUCAGUAUAAUCCUGGGGCGUCUCCACCCAGUGCUCAGAAAAGCUUGUCCAUGUUUGAUACUGUAAAGGGGAAGCAAGGUCCAAAAGUGGCCGAAAUAAAACUCUUUGGUGAAA